AUGUCCGCCAUGGAGGAGGUUGAUGGCCUGGGUGUGGUCCGGCUGCACUAUGGCUCUGUCCUGGAUAAUGAGAGGCUCACUGCAGAGGAGAUGGAUGAAAGGAGAUGGUAGAAUGUGGCCUAUCAGUACCUUUGUCAUUUGGAAGAAGCAAAGAGGUAGAUGGAAGCGUGCCUUGGGGAGGACCUGCCUCCCACCACAGAGCUGGAGGAGGGCCUUAGGAAUGGAGUCUACCUUGCCAAGCUAGGGAACUUCUUCUCUCCCAAAGUUGUGUCCCUGAAGAAAAUCUAUGAUCGAGAGCAGACCAGAUACAAGGCUAUCGGCCUACACUUCAGACACACGGAUAAUGUCUUUCAGUGGCUAAAUGCCAUGGAUGAGAUCGGAUUGCCUAAGAUUUUUUACCCAGAAACCACAGAUAUCUAUGACCGGAAGAACAUGCCAAGAUGCAUCUACUGUAUCCACACCCUCAGUUUGUACCUGUUCAAACUGGGCCUGGCUCCUCAGAUUCAAGACCUGUAUGGAAAGGUUGAUUUCACAGAAGAAGAAAUCAACAACAUGAAGAUCGAGCUAGAGAAGUAUGGGAUCCAGAUGCCUGCCUUUAGCAAGAUCAGGGACAUGCUGGCCAAUGAGCUCUCAGUGGACGAGGCUGCCUUACAUGCUGCUGUUAUCACUAUUAAUGAAGCUAUUGAUCACAGAGUUGCAGCUGACAUGUUUACGGCUCUAAAGAACCCCAGUGCCACUCUUGAAGAAGCCCUGACUUCCACCUACCAGGAUGUGCUUUACCAGGCCAAGCAGGACAAGAUGACAAAUGCUAAAAGCAGGACAGAAAACUCUGACAGAGAAAGGGAUGUUUAUGAGGAGCUGCUCACACAAGCUGAAAUCCAAGGGAAUGUAAACAAAAUCAAUACAUCUUCUGCCCUGGCCAACAUCAGCCUGGCUUUAGAGCAGGGCUUUGCACUGACCCUGCUCAAGGCUCUGCAGUCUUCGGCUCUGGGGCUCCGAGGGCUGCAGACCCAGAACAGUGACUGGUACAUGAAGCAGCUACAGAGUGAUCUGCAGCAAAAGAGACAGAGCAGCCAGACUGACCCCCUGCAGGAGGAGGUACAGGUCAGAGUGAAUGCCACCAACAGUGCUGCCCAGCAAUACCAAUGAUGGUUGGCAGCAGUGGCAGCAAUCAAUGCGGCAACCCAGAAGGGCAUUGCCCAAAAGACCGUUUUGGAGCUAAUGAAUCCUGAAGCCCAGCUGCCCCAGGUGUAUCCAUUUUCAGCCGAUCCUUAUCAGAAGGAGUUGGCCACCCUGCAGCAGCAGAGUCCUGAGCAUAGCCUCACCCAUCCUGAACUCACUGUUGCUGUGGAGAUGCUGUCAUCCGUGGCCCUCAUCAACAGGGUGCUGGAGUCAGGAGACAUGAACAUGGUGUGGAAGCAGCUGAGCAGCUCAGUUACAGGCCUUACCAAUAUUGAGGAAGAAAACUGUCAAAGGUAUCUCAAUGAGUUGAUGAAGCUGAAGGCUCAGGCACAUGCAGAGAAUAAUGAAUUUAUUACAUGUAAUAACAUCCAGGCGUGUGUGGACCAUGUGAACCUCGUGGUCCAUGAGGAACAUGAGCAGAUUUUGGCCAUUGGUUUAAUUAAUAAAGCCCUGGAUGAAGGGGAUGCUCAGAAGACUCUGCAGGCUUUGCAGAUCCCUGCAGCUAAGCUCGAGGGGGUUCUUCCAGAAGUGGCACAGCAUUAUCAAGGCACACUGAUCAGAGCAAAGAGAGAAAAGGCCCAGGAAACGCAGGAUAAGUCAGCUGUCUUAUGGUUGGAUGAAAUUCAAGGUGGAGUCUGUCAGUCCAACAAAGACACCCAAGAAGCACAGAGGUUUGCCUUAGGAAUCUUUGCCAUCAAUGAAGCAGUAGAUAGUGGUGAUGUUGGCAGAACCCUGAGUGCCCUUCAUUCUCCCGAUGUUGGCUUAUAUGGAGUGAUCCCCGAAUGUGGGGAAACAUACCAGAGUGACCUGACUGAAGCCAAGAAGAAAAGACUAGCAGCAGGAGACAAUAACAGCAAGUGGGUGAAGCACUGGGUGAAAGGCGGGUACUAUUACUACCACAAUCUGGAGACGCAAGCGGGAGGAUGGGCUGAGCCCCCAGACUUUGUGCAGAAUUCUGUGCAGCUUUCUCGAGAGGAGAUCCAGAGCUCCAUCUCUGGAGUGAUUGCUACAUAUAACUGAGAGCAACUUUGGCUAGCCAACAAAGGCUUGAUCACCAAGCUACAAGCCUGCUGCCAUGGGUACCUCGUUCGACAGGAAUUCCAGUCCUGGAUGAACUUUCUGAAGAAACAGAUCCCCACCAUCACCUGCAUUCAGUCACAGUGGAGAGGAUACAAACAGAAGAAGGCAUAUCAAAAUCGGCUGGCUUACUUGCACUCCCAUAAAGAUGAAGUUGUGAAGAUUCAGUCUCUUGCCAGGAUGUAUCAAGCUAGAAAGCGCUAUAGAGAUUGCCUACAGUACUUCCAAGACAAUAUAAAUGACAUUAUCAAAAUCCAGGCUUUCAUUCGGGCGAACAAAGCUCCUGAUGACUACAAGACUCUCAUCAAUGCUGAGGAUCCACCUAUGAUUGUGGUCCGAAAGUUUGUCCACCUCCUGGACCAAAGUGAUCAGGACUUUCAGGAGGAACUUGAUCUCAUGAAGAUGCGGGAGGAGGUCAUCACACUCAUCCGUUCCAACCAGCAGCUGGAGAAUGACCUCAAUCUCAUGGAUAUCAAAAUUGGACUGCUAGUGAAGAACAAGAUCACACUGCAGGAUGUGGUUUCCCAUAGUAAAAAACUUACCAAAAAAAAAUAA